GCGGAAGGCACUGUUGAAAGACAGGACAACGUUUACAGUGGACCCCGCCACAGGGAAGAUGAAAGGUGAGAAGACUUGGUUGAUUGACACAGAUGGGACCGCGCUGCGCCGUGCCUUCAUUGGCAUUGUGGACGAGAAGGGUAAUAACAUUAUUAACGCCACCCGGACAAGUAGCAACAAGGUUCCCGAAGUCUGUAGCCUUCUUGGCAUUGAGGCGGCACGCUACAAGAUGCUGCAUGAGUUGCGUGAGGCUUACCUUGCCUACGGUCUUAACAUCAACUACCGUCAUUACACCAUACUGGUGGACACGAUAUGUCAGCGGGGUUAUCUGAUGGCCGUUUCACGCGUUGGUAUUAACCGCUCGGAAAUGUCGGGACCUCUGAUGCGCUGUUCGUUUGAGGAAACUGUGAAAGUUCUUAUGGCCGCCGCGGCUUUUGGUGAGCGAGAUCCUGUGCGUGGUGUAUCUGCAAACCUUGUGCUUGGUAAUCAGGCUCGUAUUGGCACGGGUCUCUUUGAUCUCGUGUUGAAUAUGGCGGCGCUGCAGCAGGCGGUGCCUCAGGAGGAUGCCGUGGCGCCCGGCAAGGAAGUGAAUGUCUACCACGGCCUUGCCUCAACGCAGAACCUACCGUCAUCCAUGCCCUACCGCGCAAAGGAUCAUGAGGCCACACCGUUUGUAAAUGACGCGAGCCUUUUCUUCCGUGAGGGUGUUGGCGGCAGCUCCUCCGCUGCUCCUUUGACGGCAUCAACACUUUAUGGUGGUAUGCAUGAGGCGAGUGCGGUGCACUUCAGUCAGGCGUACCCUGCGAUGGGCAUGUUGGAUCAGCGAGUGCGGGCCUCAAGCGUCUCGCAGCCAUACAGCGUCAUGUCGUCGGCGAGCGUAUACAACCCUGCCUCUAUGCAAGUGCCCUCGGCGUUGCCCAGCAGCGUGGACUACAGCGAGGCCUCUUCCUUCCACAUUCAGUCCAGCAUGGCAAUGCUGUCGGUUCCCUCUUCACCGCAAUUUGAAGCGCCACAGGCAUUUGGUGGCGGUCGAUUCGGCGGUCUCUCUCCGGCAUACGUGCCCUCCGUUAUGUCGAGUGUGGCGACACAGCCGUAUCAAUGCGUAGGCGACUCGGAAUCCCAGCAGUCCGCCUCUUAUGUGCCGACUCUGUCGCCCGCCUACUCUGCCUACACGGCACGGCGUUCCGUGGUGGCGUCACGUGCCAGCGCCUCUCGUGUUGAUCAGCAGUCGCAGCAGCAGAAGGAGGACGACUCUGCAAGUUACUUACCGAAGUCGCCGGGGUUGCACGGGUUACCGCCUCCAGUUGGUGAGUUCUCUCUAACAGAAGAUCCGGAGGAGGAGGAGGAAAGGCACCAGUAG